GUGAUAAUAAUGCAUUAGUGCUAAGCCUCUCUCAUCAAAGUAGUUGAGAAAUGUGAGCCCGCCCCCUUUCAGGAGUAAAACCUAAUAUUUCUCUGCGCUGGGAGAGGGUGAGGGAGAGACUCGGCCAGGAUUGUGGGAGCGAAGAGAAACAGCCCUCACAACAUCAUCAGCUACAGACGUCCACGGCUUCAACCGUCCCUUCUUUUCGCCGACACAUCACUGGAGACCAAGCAACCAUCCUCACUGUCCUCAAAGACACAGUCAGACGAGAGAGUGGCUAGUUUUUGAUAUUAUUUCAUAGUGCCGUUCUUUUUUGAGUUGCGUUGCUACCAGUGCUGGAUUUAAGUGCGUCUUUGCGAAGUCCAUCCCGGGCACCCAACGGCUUCCUGUACGCUCUGUCAUUCGGCCGGACGACACAACCGGAGACUGCCUGUGGUAUCUCGCACUUACCGGACAGAUUUCAUGCAUAAUAAAGUACGGAUGCUGGAAUCUUUGAAUUGAUCGGAGCAAGUCAAGAGAAGAGAGAGAAGAGAGAGAAGAGAAAGCGUUUUGAGGAGAGGCAGAAGAAAGCAUAAAGUUCUUUAGGGAGAGGAGAGAAGAAGAAGACGGGGACAAUGGGGAGGAAAAAGAUUCAGAUCACACGGAUUAUGGAUGAACGCAACAGACAGGUGACGUUUACGAAGAGGAAGUUUGGCCUGAUGAAGAAGGCGUAUGAGCUGAGCGUGCUGUGUGACUGUGAGAUUGCUCUCAUCAUCUUCAACAGCACCAAUAAGCUGUUCCAGUACGCCAGCACCGAUAUGGACAAGGUGCUGCUCAAGUACACUGAGUACAACGAGCCCCACGAGAGCAGGACCAACUCUGACAUUGUGGAAACAUUAAGAAAGAAGGGCCUAAAUGGCUGUGACAGCCCUGACCCAGACGCAGACGACUCCGUCGGCCACAGCCCUGAGUCUGAGGAAAAGUACAGGAAAAUAAAUGAAGACAUUGAUCUGAUGAUCAGCAGACAGAGACUGUGUGUGAGUACAACACUUCCUGGGCCUUCCUCUCACUCUCCUCUCCCCUCUCUCUCUUUCUUUUCUUUUCUUUCUCUCUUUUUCCUUCCGUCCGUCUGUUGUCCUUUCGGUGGGGUUUUUGGUGGGACCCCAGCAGACGCUAAACAAGAAAGAGAACAGAGGGGAGGCAAUGGCUACGGGAACCACCACCGUAACUCGCCUGGUCUACUGGUCUCUCCGGGCAGCAUGAACAAGAGCAUGCAGGCCAAGUCUCCCCCGACCAUGAACCUGGGAAUGAACAGCAACCGCAAGCCUGACCUGCGGGUGCUUGUCCCCCCUGGAGUCAAGAACAACAUGCCCUCCAUCAACCAGAGAAUAAACAACUCCCAGUCUGCACAGUCAUUGGCCACCCCUGUGGUUUCAGUAGCAACGCCCACCCUACCUGGGCAAGGAAUGGGCGGUUACCCAUCAGCCAUGUCCACUUCAUAUGGUACUGAAUACUCGCUGAGCAGUGCAGACCUGUCCUCCCUGUCCGGCUUUAACAGUGGUAGCUCCCUCCACCUGGGCUCCAUGAGCGGAUGGCAACAGCAACACCUCCAGAACAUGCAGCAGCACUCUGCCCUCAGUCAGCUAGGAGAUCGCACCAGCAGCACACCGGGGGGCUACGGCGUCCCGCAGCAACAGAACCCCUCAUCUCGCCAGGACUCAGGCCGCUCCCCUGUCGACAGCCUGAGUAGCUGCAGCAGCUCCCACGAGGGAAGCGACCGCGACGAUCACAGGAACGAGUUCCACUCUCCACUGGGAAUGUCCCGGCCCGCCCUGGACGGGUGCGAGAGCCCCUCGGUCAAACGCGUGCGCCUGUCCGAGGGAUGGGCCACAUGAUUGCCACAUCCAGUGCUGGCCGUCGCUCAAGCCUCGCUCACGCUGCGACGUCAUGAUGCCCCGACACCCUCACUCUCGAUAUCACCACGCGACGCGUCACUCACCUCCGGAGCCCAUGCUCUCUCUCUCUCUCUCUCUCUCUCUCUCUCUCUCUCUCUCUCUCUCUCUCUCUCUCUCUCUCUCUCUCUCUCUCUCUCUCUCUCUCUCUCUCUCUCAUUGGAGGAAGGGGGGCACCUUUUUCUAUAUUUAACUGUAAUGUUUCUUUUUGCAGAGUAUGUGUGCUAUACAUAUUGAAGUUCUAUAAAGCAUUGGAGGAGGAUGGUUGGAAUGGGGUUAGGGGAUAUUUUUGGUGGGGAACUAUGCAUUACUUGUGCCGUGUGUGGGGAAAAAAAUGUAUGCAUAUAAAUUUACACGUGUGUCUAUGUGCACAUAUAUGCAUAUCAACAAAUAAACAAAAAAAGUCAGGUACUCUGUUUUGUAAAAGUACUUAUAACUUUCCUCAGUGAUAAUCAGUUACUAGUAGAGGAAACAUCCAGAGUGUAUGUUGCUAAGUGAACAGCCUAGCACUUGAGUUGGCCAACCAAUACAUGUGUACAGCGUCAAUUUCAUUGCUACCUUUCUCCGCGGUUCUCCCUUACAAAAUGUUUGUUACGAUAGAUGAUGUCAUGUUGCAGGUUCAACGUAUUUAUGUAAAUAGAGGGUCAGAUGGCAAAGGGGAGGGGUCAAAAGUUGCCAGACAUUACAGAUUAUUCAUACACAAAAUGAAAGCUAAUAUGCAACAUUUGAAGGAUUGUACAGGUUUUACCGCAGGCCCAUUGGUAGAUGUGAGGAACCAGGAAGAGAACCCAUGCUAAACAGAGAGCUCCUCCUCAAAUAUGGAGCCUAUAGAUAGGAACAUCCUUUUACCCAAGAGCCAUGUUAGUGUAAUCAAGAAACCAUGGGUCUUGUAUUAGAUAUUCAGUAUAAAAAAAACAAUUGUACGAUACACUUGCUUAUAUUUUCAUAUGAAAGGAAUACAAUGCAAAGCAUUUUUGAGGCUUUUUGUAGUUUCUAUAAGCCAGAAUGUGUUUUUUGAUAGCUUUGCUAAUAUGAAUGAGAUGGAUAGUCCGACAAGAAAUGAAAUUACUGGGCGUCCAAACCAAGCCAUGAGAACAGACUGAGAACCCAUGCUUUGCUGAACUGUUUUCUCUUUGUAGAGGUUUUGUUUUUAAAUGUGUAUUUCUAAUUAUAUAUAAUAAUGAUCAAAUUAAGACUCUUCAAAAAAAAAUCUGUGAAAUUAACAUGCUUGUGUAUAGCUUUCUAAUAUAUAAAUAUAUAUAAUAAUGUUUGUUUUUUUCUUAGUGGAGUUUCUUAUGUGCAGUUGCUUGUUAUUUUGUUUUAUUUGAUCCUCUGGGACAGCGAUGUUCAGAGGCAUAUUUAGUCUAACCUUGAAAAGCAGCUAAACAGAGUUGACCAUGUCUGUGUUUAUGAGUAAAUGAAUAAAGAUAGACCUCUUUCAAACAAGUUUGAGGAAACUGUGUGGGGAUUGAAAGAGGGGGUUAAUGCCCAGGCAGGAGAUGACAUCCCACUGGGCACAGACAUGAGUUCAAGUUAUAGUUUUGAUUUAGAUUUGGUUGAGUUGUCAACUAAUGUGAUUUCAACGUGAAAACAACCAAACAUGUCACCACGUUCAUUGGAUUUAGGUCAAAAGGGUGAAAAAAAUAUGAAAUUCCCUUUGGGUUGAAAUGACGUGGAAACAACGUUGAUUCAAUCAGUUUUUACCCAGUGGGAUGUGACAUCCCAAAUGAAGGUUUGAUAUCACUCAUGGUGACCCAUCUUUGUUAUGUCAUGAUCCUCAUCGUUAGGAUUCUACAACACCCGUCGACAUCCUCUUUGAUGGGCCUUUGACCCACCUAUUUUGUAUAUUUUCAAGGUUUUAUUUAAUGUUUUCACUACAAAUCAUUUGCCAAGCAUCACAAUGAGACCCAACCUUGUGUGCAGGACACCACAUAAGUCCAGAUUAAAAUAUUUAUUUGAUAGUUUGUAUUUGUGUCAAAUGAUCGAGCUGUUGAGUAUUUUUGUGGUCUCUAAUCACGAGGUGUUGUGCUGUAUUUGACCCCACUCAGUCCAAUGGCCAGCUCAGUGUUCCACCCAGCCCCUCUCCCCCUAAUGUUCAUGCUUAGGAAAAGCAAGAGUUGAUCUCAGACAAAUAUAACUUGUUUUUAAAAAAACAACAUGAAACUAGCCACAUCUCUCUCUCUCUCUCUCUGCCUCCCUAGUCUGCUGUCACUCAAGUGUUAUGGUAUUUCUGUGUGCAUAUUUCAUGCCAGUUCACUAUGUUGUUAGUGUAUGCAGUCUGUGUAGUCAGAAACAGGGGCAGAGCCCCUAUGCUGUUCUUUCUUUCUUUUUUUAAACAUGAUAUUUCAGGCAGCAUAUGUGUGGAGAAACCAAAGCCAGUGGCAUUUCUGUGUUGUAAUAUUAUUCACCUUUUAUUUUCACAUUCAUUUAUGGUUAUUGCAAAGCAUUGACAAAAACAAUAAAAGCAUUUACUCAAAAUGUACAAUUGGUUUCCCAUUUCCAUUUCAAUUCGGUCAGACUUCAUAAUGUUCCUAUAUGUUAAACGGGUAGAGGUUUGGAGUCCUUCUUAAUACAUGGUGAUAGCUAACUAUAUAGUGUCAUAUGGAAUUGGCUAAUUUCAUAUUUUCAGAAGACAUUUCCUGUUGAACUGCAUUUCAAAUCAUAUAACAAAUAUGUGUAAUUGGGAGUAUAUUCAUUGUGUGUAUCAUGGAAAAGCAUGUUUUCCAAACCCUAUUUUUGUUAAUUUAGCUGGUUGAGUUACUUUACAAAAAAACACAACACCAUAAUCUCCCUUUUUACCUGUAGUGUGUUUUCUGAGGUGUAGGUGGUGUUUCUUGAUAUUGUGUAACCAAAGACAUUGAGCAUGCUUGAUUUGAUUUCAUAUUUUAUUUUGGUUGUGGAUUUAAAGCAGUUGUAUUUCUUCUCCUGUUGAUCAGUUGUAAUGUCAUUAUUCUGUAUUAACUUAUAUAUACUGGUACCUCUAACUGACCCACCCAGUACCUCAGCUAACCUGUUGAUCAGCUACUUUUAGUGCAAAGGGAAAACCAUACACUUGUACAGUCAUGUGAUAUUUGCUUAAGGUCCCAACUAUUCACUUGGGAUUAUUUGAUUGAUUUACAUUGUUUGCGGUUUUCUUUUCUUUUUUCUUUCAGUUGUAUCCGUUUAAUAUAUAUAUAUAUUUAUUAAUAUAUAUAUAUAUAUAUAUAUUAAAUAUAUAUAAGUGUGUGUGUGUGUGUGUGUGUGUGUGUGUGUGUGUGUGUGUGUGUGUGUGUGUGUGUGUGUGUGUGUGUGUGUGUGUGUGUGUGUGUGUGUGUGUGUGUGUGUGUGUGUGUGUGUGUGUGUGUGUGUGUGUGUGUGUGUGUGAAUAGCUAAAAAUACUUACCAGUCUGUAGUAUCUAAUGUAGCUUGUAUAAAUCUGAAAAUUGUGGCGGUCUGAAAUUAGUGUUUGGAACGCAAGAGCGGCUUUCAGCGGCAUAAGCUGGCCUUUGUCGCAACUUGAAGAUACGAUGUUAUUCAAUUAAAACCACAUCUCUGUAUCUCUCGGGACUUGAUUCAGCUGUAUGUAGUGAAAAAGCAUGGAACCUGAAAUAAAAGUGUAUUCUGCUGGGGAAAGGUAUUUGUAUUUUGCAGAGAAUUCAGUAAAGUUACUGGCUUUCUUAGUUA